AUGACGACAGCUAAGAACGUUUUAGAAAAUGUCUCAGAUGAAAAAUUCCAGCAUUUAAUGAAAUUAUUUUUAAAAUCACUUGAUCCUGUUUUAUUAAAAGCUGCACGACGAGGAUCAACAAAUUUACCAUUUACAGAUGAACAACUUCAUCAUUCAUUAACAUCAUCAAUUAAUGAUGUUGCACAUAAUUCGGAAUUAUUAGGUCAAUUACAUUAUAUUAUUGAUGAUGCAUUUGGUGAUACAAUUGAUAAAGAAAUUGAACAUUCAAUGUUAUCAAAUACAUCAAUAAAAAAACAAAAACAACAAUUAAAUAAAAGUCGAUUAGAACAUGAAGGUGCAUCAACAAUAAGUCAAACAAUAACUGAAACACGUGAAUUUUCAUCAUUUCGUAAUGAUGUUUUAAAGCGUUUUCAAUCAAUACUUAUUGAUUUAAUUGAAAAUUUUGACGAAGAAUUUCCAUUAACAUCAUCAUCAGCAGCUAUUGAUAUAGCAUCUGAUACCAUACUUAUUGAUAAUGGAACAAUAGUUGGAACUUCAAUGGCAUUAAGUGAAAUUGUUGAAAAUCGUCAUUCAGCAAUGGAUGGUUAUGGUGGAGGUUCAUCAGCAUAUAAUGUUAGUUAUGGAAGUGAUUCAGAAAAUUCAUUGACUAAUGGAUCAAGUGGACGUCAUAAAAGUUUUAUGUUUUUUGAUGAUAAUCAUUUACGUACAGUUGCUGAUAAUUUAUCAUCAACAAAAUCUGAAAAAGUUCGUCUUCGUGCAUUGAAUGAUUUAUUAAAUUAUGCACCGAAUGAAGUCAUAUCAAUUGGAAGUUGGAAAAUACUUUGUCCUAAUUUAAUUCUUGCAUUAGGCGAUACAAAUCAUGAAAUUGCUAUGGCUUGUUUAACAUUACAUUCACGUUUAUUAGCAGCAGCAAAUAUGAAUGUUGUUUGUGAAACAUUAACGAAUCUUGUUGAACAUUUAGUUCAAUGGUUUUCUUCAUCAACUACCAAUGAAUUACAACCAACAGCUAUUUCACUCGACAUUACAAAUCCAAUUAUAGAAAUAAAAUUUAAACAAAUACGUCUUAUACUUGAAUUUUUACAAGAAACAACUAAAUAUUGGAUGAGAUAUUCAGAAAGUCAUGUAGAACAUAUAAUCAACGAAACAGUACGUCUAUUUUCUUUGGGUUCAGUAGUACCAGAAUCAAAUGGUGGUCGAAUACUUCCACUUCAUUUUGUAGCAUUACUUGAUCUGGAUGCAAAUUGGUUUCGUACAUGGAUGCAUGCGACGUAUAGUCGAGCAUAUUUAUUACGUUCAUUAACACAUACGAAAAGUUUAUUAAUGAAUGCAUAUCAAUCAAUUGUUAAUUAUGCUCAAACACAUUCUCAAACAAAUAAUAUAGGAAAUGAUAGCAAUGAUAAUUCCUUAUAUUCUCCCAGCUUACGAAAAAGAUCAACUACUACAGCUUCAUCAGAUAGCAGUAUGCGAUCAAUGAUGCCAUCGGCAAAUGGUCCACCAUUAGCACCAUCUUUUCUUUCAAGUCUUAUUACAAUUCCACCUGUUUCGGUUACUCCAACACCUGUUCCACCACCUAUUGUACCAGCAAGUUCAUCGCAUUAUACACGAAUCGAAUUAGCAAAUAUACAUUUUGUUCAUUCACUAGCUUUACUUGAACAUAUUAUUUGUUCAAAACAAGCACGUGAAACAGUUUUACCAUUAGUAAUUAACAAUGACAGACGAAUUAAUGUUAAAGAUAUACUUCGAGUAUUUAUUCAAAUAAUGUUUACUGGAAAUAGUGGAAGAGCAGCUUCUACAUUAUGUUGUCAAUUAUUAAAAAGACUUUGUCUUGAACCAGAUACAUGUGGACCAUUGAUGUGUAGUGAUGAAUUAUUUGAUAUAUUAUUUCGACCAAUAAAACAAUUUCAUGCAGCAAAAAAGUCUUUUAACGAUUAUUUAAGAUCAAAUGCAAAUACUUUUGCAGAAAAUAGUCUUAUUAGUCUUGCUGAUUUAUUUGCUGCCAUGGCAUCAAAUGAUGUUGGUUAUCAAUAUCUUAUACGAACUCCUUCAUCAUCAAAUCCUUCACCAGCAUCAUUAAUUGUUAGUUAUGUUAAACGUAUAAUAUCUCAAUAUACAAAUAAUCGAUCAGGUUUAAUAACACCAGAUUUAUCAUUAACAACAUCAUAUUCAUCGAUGCCAACGAAGUUAUUAUCAGAAUUUAUUUAUGUAUGUCGAUUAAUUUAUUCUCGUACAAUGGGUUUACUUACAAUUAAACGAACGAAUUUACAUAAAAUACUAGCCGAUGCAUUUAAAAUUGAAAUAGAAACAAAUAAUACACCAUCAUUAUAUCGAAGUCAAUCAGUAGUAUCAGAAGAUCAAUUAAAUCAAAAUAAUAUAUCAUGGAAAGAUACAUUACUUGAUAAUCUACUAUUAUUUGCUGUAACACCAAAAGGCAUGUAUCUUUUAACACAAACUAGUUACUUGCCAGAAUGUGUUACUUAUAUUGAUGAACGAUGGCGAUCGGCAGGUCAAGUAGGUAAAUUAGAAAAUUAUGGUUAUGGAUAUUUACUCUCACAAAUGGCUAAUACACCAUCUGUUGUUUCACGUCUUGAUCAUUCAGGUUUUGUUGAAUAUUUGAUUGAUCAACUUUGGAGUGAAUUAGAAUAUGUAGCAGAUGAUUUAACAACUGUUUUUCCUCGACGUUUUCCAUCUGAACCUAUUAGUCGAUAUGCUCUAAAACCUCUAUUAAGUCUUCUUUCACUUGUUUCUCCAUUUUCUGCUGCUUAUGAAUUAUUAUCAGCGGAUGAGAAUGAAUUAUUAACACCUCAUAAUGCUGAUGAAAAUCCUAAACCAUGUACACUUACCGGUCUACUCGAACGAAUCUCAUUUAUCAGUGAUGAUAAUGAAAUCCAAAAACUUCUUGGCUAUGAACAUACACAUACAACUGGAUUAAGAUUAUUAUCAGUAAUGCAAUCAGAUUUAGAUGUUCAAUUAAUACUUGAAACAAAAUUUAAUUAUAUUGAAAAAUUACGACAAGCACAAGGAGAAAUGGAAUCAGGAGGAAAUAUUAUUUUAGAUCAAUUAACUAUAGCACGUAAUCAUGUUCUUGUUAAUGCAGAAUUAUUAGGUGGAGUUCAAGAAAAAAAUAUGCCACCAUGGACAUUAAAUGAUAAUGAUCCAACGGUAAUAACAAGAAUACCAUUAUUUGCUGGUUCAAUACCACUUCCAGAUAUUUAUACAAUAAAAGUAACUUAUGGAGGAUUGAAUAAUUCGAAAACUGAAGAAAAUGAAUUACAUCGUUUUAUAAGAAGUUCUCGACCGGAUCGACUUGAUGAUCGUUGGUUAACUAAAUGUCGUCAUUUAUUUAUGACUACUCUUCGUCAAUCUACUCAAGAAUCUGUACCACUUUCUCUUAUGGCUGAUCUAUUAGAUGCUGUUGUCGAUAUUCAUGAUAAACUUCAUAUGGAUGUUGUUUUUAAUCCAUCUCGAGAUUCAUCAUCAUCUUCUUCUUCUGCUACUGUUCAAAAAGCUGAUCUGCACAAAUUGUCAUCUACAAGUUUAUUAAGUCCAAUGCAAGAACUUGGUGUCACUAAAGCUUUAAGAUAUGGUACACGUAUAGGACUUGUACAAGAUCAAUUUAAUGGUCAACAAAAUCUUGUUCGCUUACUUAAAGCACUUAAAACUCAUUUAAAACAAAAAACAGUUAUAUCAUCGAAUAUAAAUAAUAUUACCAGUAAAAUGUCUGGAUUAACAUCAGCCAAUUCUUCAUUUGCUAAUUUAUUAUCUGCUACAACAACAGAUAUUAAUGGAAAUAAAUUAAGUAUGUUUAGAUAUUUAAUCAUA